GUACAUGAAGGUUCUUUCCAGUAAAGUGCAAGGUGACACUGUAUAACACAAUGAAAAAUUCAGUGCUUUCCAACUAUGCGCAGCUAAAAUGCUGUGUUCAACAGUGCAGACGUUCAGACCCUAAUGACAACUCAUGUAAACUGACUGCUCCGCACUUUGGCGGUGAAAUGAAGAAGCUAAAUAGUUGUAUCAACCACAAACUGAGACUGUUUAGACAUUUGCCUAGAUGUCCGUGGCCUGGAAGUCAAAUUUAGGGCCUACAAGCUCUACUCUUGUGAACUUGAAGCCCGAUUUUAACUCGCGCGCGUAAGGGAUGAUGGCGCUACUGUCACUCCUUUCGCGCCAUUGAGUUCAUAUUCUGUGUACGUCUAUUCUAUGGCGAGCGCGCUCGGCAAAGUGCGGCAAAAUUUCAACUCCAUAUGGUCAUAACGUGAUAGCGAGUGCAUGCAAGUGCAUGGUGCAAGUCCCACAAAAAAUCUGCUGUACUGGGGUGCACAAACACCAGGCAGCCGAUGCUCAACUUCCCCUGUCUGCCGAAGGACAGCGACAGAUGUUUAAAAUGGUUUGAAGCUUGUGGAACGGAAGAUCUAUUUCAACUCCCUCCCAACCGGUUGAGAAAUCGAGUGGUUUAUGGGGACCACUUCGAAAUUCAAUACCGCGUUGGAUCAAAGCUUACAAGUCAUGCAGUACCAAGCUGCAACUUAUCAGCACCUGCCACAUCUAUCGAGCAACAGGAGGAACUUGUAAUGGAAAUUGAAGAAGAAGAAGAACGUCAACCUGUGCUCACUGUUGGAUACCAGGACAACGUGGGACCUGGGACCAGGAGAGACUUCGACGCACUUGCCUAUAAUGUGCUUCCUGGAUCAUCCAGAGGUUGCACUGACAAAAGGAAUCAAGUUCAACCAGCUAUUAGGAUAGGCCUUAAAGGUGACAUCCUGAAAAUGAUUAGGUCGAGCAACUUGACCAAACCCAGGAAGCUCAAGAUCUACAAGGCUGUGGCCAGGAUUUUGAAAUCUGCGAGGCAAUUGAGGCGUCGGAGGUCUUCGGGUGUCCCAGAACUCCUGUAAGAACCGGAAAUAAGGGGUAGCUGA